AAAUUUCGGCCGAACCUUUUUAUAAUCGGUAGAACACUUAUUAUAUUUCAUCAUAAACAAAAUAUUUGAUUGAGAAUUUUUUGAGUAAAACGCUAAUUUUAUCAAUUCUUUGCAAAGGAAAGCUAACAAUAAUGGCUUUAUGUAAAUUAUAUCAACGACGUUGUUGUUAUCUUGAUUCCAAAUGUCCCAAUCAACAUGUCGAUGUUAGAAAUGUAAUUGAAACAGAUAUGAAGGAGGCGAUUAAUGGUAAAAUAUGGCCCUUAUCGUCGUAUGGACCAUUUGCGUAUAAGCAAUCGCUACCUAACUUUAUAGAGGAUCAAUCAUUUGAAGAAGUACGAUUGUCGUUCUACGAAACGAAAUUAAAGAAUUUCUUUGGUCAAUAUCAUGAACAAUACAACAAAGACAUCCAAGAAGCUAGAAAUAAAAUGAAAGUAACAUUGGAUAUUGUUAAUGUCGCAAUUAAUCUAUAUGACUCAUCUGUGGAUGAAAAAGUGAAAAACACUUCGCCGCUAAAGUGCGGCAGUGGUGCUACAAAUAAUAAUCCCUUUGGAGAGCAACAGUUUGCUAACAGCAAUAUUAAGAUUGGUUUAUCGACCACAAGCAACAACAACAAUGUCUUGGGAUUACCAAUUUUUGCAUCUACAAUGCAAAAGACAGAGGAUGCAAAUAAAAACAAUCCUUUUGCAAAAGAAAAUUCUUCUCGCACCUCAACUAAUAAUAACAACAAUAUCUUGGGAUUACCAAUUUUUGCAUCUACAAUGCAAAAGACAGAGGACGCAAAUAAAAACAAUCCUUUUGGUAAAGAAAAUUCGGCUUGCAUCUCAUCACAAUCUGCUGCAGUGUCAAUGCAAUUGCCAAGCAGUAGUAACCGCAAUCCUUAUAGAAUGGUAAAACCAACUAGUACCAAUACCAAACCUGAUGUAUUGAAUAAUUUAAGUAACAACAAACUUGUGGUUAAGGAACCUUUUGCUAAUGGCAUUUCGAAUAUUUUUGGAAACAGUACUGCUGACUUCAAUUCUAAAUCUGAGCCAUUAACUACUAAUAGCGCCAAUUUGAAUAAUACUUUUGGAAAAGAAAAUUCCCAAACUGUUUCAUCGAACACUAAUAGUGUAUUUGAAAAUAAUACAGAGAAUCCCUCAGGAAAGGCCAAAUCUAAUGGCGCUAUUUUAAAACCUGUUCCAACGAAUAAUUUUAAUAACUUUUUGGAAAAGAAAACUUCAGGCGGUGCCAAUUUAGACAAACUCUAUGGAAUAGAGAAUUCUAAACCUGUUUCGUCGAAAACUAUUAGUGUAGAUAAACAAUCGGGAGUAGCAACUUUCAAAUCAUCGAAUAAUUUUAAUAACUUUUUGGAAAAGCAAACAAGUGCCAAUUCGAAAAAUCCAUUUGGAAUAAAAGAUGUUGUUGGCGCCAAAUCUAAAACAGUUCCAUCGACUGUUAAAUCACAUAAUACAAAUAAUCGUUCUCGAGGAGUUUUUAAUACCAAAACUCUUUCAGGAAAUGAAAAUAUAACUGGUUUUAAUUUUGGUCUAUUGCGUAAUAAUUUAAUACAAAAUGAAGCUAAUGAAAAUGUGUCAAAUGCACUCCCGAUUUCUUCAAACGUAUAUACAGAACAAGGCUUCUGGCCAGAUGAUCACGUUAUAGCUAAACAAAUUGAUAAAUCUCUAAUGGAUUUGAUUCUGGUUGAUAUGCUGCCAUGCAGCGUAGUCGAUGGAAAGGCAUUUCAACGAUUAAAAUUUGCUGAUCCCACAACAACAAAUAGUCGGUAUAAGCAAAAAUCACAGCAAUUUUUCGCUUCAACACUUAGACCGGAAACCUAUAACAAUGUCAGGGCAAAGGUGUUAACAAUGACAGCAACACCAACAUGGAUAAGUUUAACUAUAGACAAUUGGAGUUUUGCUAAUAAUUCAAACCUGUUACUGAUAACAUUUACAGCCCAUUUUCUAAUUGGUUCCCUAAGAAAAAAGUUGGUGUUAGCCGCUAAGGUUUUGGAAAAUGAUCAAAAAGAUUCUUAUAUAAAAGAAAAAUUGCCGGAAAUUAUAAAAAAUUUCAAACUUGAAGAAAAACUGCAUCUAACUGUUGGCGAUAAAAUACAUAACCUUGGAGACACAAAGAUAAAAGAAUUUAAAUGUGUAGCUCAUACCAUGCAGUUAGUAGUGAAUGAUGCCAUUUUUAAUAAUAAGGAACAAGUAGAGGAAAUUCUUACAAAGUGUCGUAAAAUUGCUAAACACUUCGAAACAUCACAGCAGGCAAGUGAAUAUUUUCAGACUUUACAGGAAAAAUAUUCACUCGAUAAACACUGUCUUACUCAAGAUGUAGAAACAAACAGCUAUUUGAUGAUGAAGAGAUUUGUGGAACAAAAAAUAGCUAUAUCGUUUUAUUCGGAAGAAAAGGGAGACAUAGAAAAUUUAACUACAGAAGAAUGGAAUUAUUUGAAAAAUAUUGUAGAGUCUUUGAAAAUUAUUUAUGAGGCAACAACAGAUCUAUCUGCAGAUACAGCAACGAUCUCUGUAAUAAUACCCUUAAUAAAAAUGUUGGAGUCAAAACUUGAAGAAGCUGAUGCUGAAGAUCAUUUGCAAAAUAAUUUAAAACUUGCUUUAAAUAAUAGAUUCAAUUUCAUCGAAACUAAUCCCCUUUUAAUAAUGUCCACAUUGUUGGAUCCUCGUUUUAAAAACAAAUAUUUAAGCAUUACCCAAAUGUCUAUUGCUGAAAAGGAAAUAUCUAAUUAUUUACAAAUGGAAACCGCAAACACCUUGAAAACUUGCAGCAAAGAAGAUAAACGCAAGUCAAAUGAUACACUUUGGGAAAAACAUGAUGUCACUAUUGAAACUGAUAUUUCAUUUAGAAAUGAGUUAUCAUUAUAUAUACAUGAACCUUUGUCGCUCAGAAAAUCAAAUAUUUAUAUGUAUUGGAAUACAAGUCGUUAUGAUAAGUUGAAAAAAGUUGCUGAAAAAUAUCUUUCUGUUCCUCCUACUAUUGUGGCUAAUGAGCAAAUGCUUAAGGCUGCUGCCAAGCUCUACGCAGAUAGAAAAGCUUAUCUGAAAGAUGUUAAUGAAGAGGAGUUACUAUUUUGUCACUUUAAUAUACAACUUUUGGAGUUUGAUUAUUAAUUAAUUCAUAUACAUAAUUUAUAUUGUUGUUUACACUAAUGCAAGUGUAUAAUUUCCAUUUAAGAAAUAGCAUGAAAUGCAUUUUAUUUUUUAUAUAAAUAUAUACUAUUAUUUUACGUUUACAUAUAUUAAUAAACUACAUAUAAAUACUUUAAAAUCAAACAAAUAUUUAU